GUAUAAAUGCCUAAAGUACAUGUGUUUGAAUUUUUAGGUUAGGUUUUCAAAAUCUUUUAAGCUAUCCAGGAAUAGGAAGGUAAUGGAAAUCAAGACUGAAUCCGAGUUUGAUCAAAAACUCAACAAUACUGAAAUAUAUCUUAAUAGUUACAUUAAAACCGAAGUAGAUUCAACCAUCACCACUGGCACCAAUGGAAAUGCAACAAAGAUCAAGGAUUGUGCAGAAGAAUUAGAGCUGACUUCUUGUAACUUACUAAGAGUUACAUCCAAGGAUGAUGAGAAACCUAUGGUCAACCCUCACUCACAAAUUUUGGGAGAAGGUGAAAGUGAAAAAGAAGGCAAAUUUGGACUAUUUAAAUGUACUCGAUGUCCUCACACAGCCCAGACAAAAUGGACCUUGCGGAGACAUUGUUUAUUAGCACAUAAAUCGCUGUUUACUAAGUGUAAUCAGUGCAAUUACUUAACUGACAAGCCGGGACUAUUAAGAGAUCAUAAGAGAAACCACGACCCGUUAGCUAUUCAGCAUAGCUGUCCAAAAUGUAAAUAUACAACAAAACAUAAAUCUUCAUUGAAAAAGCACAUAAAAUUACAUUAUCCCUCUCCAACUGCAUUACACUGCGCACAAUGUUCCUAUGCCACAAACUAUAAGGGGAACUUGAUUCAGCAUGUUAAGAUACAUAGAAAUACACAAUUAUUAACAUGUAAUCGAUGUGCAUUUACAUCAUUUUCAGAUCACGAGUUUAACGCCCACAUUAAGAAACAUGAUAUCUCUGGCAUUGUGUACGUGUGUGACAUUUGUUAUUUUUCGACACCGAAUCGUAAAAUCUUUAUUCCACACUUGAGGGUACACAGUACUGUAAAACCACUAAAGUGUGAUCAGUGUCCGUUUGAAACAAAAUACAUAAAUAGCCUCAGAAAGCAUAGUGAAACUCAUGGCAAAAUGAAUUUGUUGAAAUGCGACCAAUGUGGUUUUACAGUUGGCACUGAAUCCUCUCUGAAAGCCCACAUCGCCGAGCACAAUCUAUACAGCGUCGAUUAUAAAUGCAAUCAAUGCUCAUUUACCUCGAAAAGUAAGAUUAAUGUAAAAAGGCACGCUCGUAUACAUAGCAAGUUUGCAGUAGUCCACUGUAAUAACUGCACGUACUCUGCAAAUAACAAAGAAUCUCUGAGGCAGCAUUUCAGAAUUUGCCAGAAGAAAAUAGAUGACCAUUUGACUGAUCUUUCUACCGAAUUUCAAUGUGCUCACUGUCCAUAUAUAACGAAACGUAGGGCACGUUUCAAAAGACAUACUCUUAAGCACAAUCCUGAAAAUGUAACAAAAGGUAAUCAAUCUGGUUGCGGGAGUACAUUAAAUUUAUCCUCCCCUAAACACAAGCCUGUUGGUAUCGAGUUUAAGUGCAUUUAUUGUGGGUACUUAACAACGGACAAGGGCGUCUACAGGAGUCAUGUUACAGAUCACAAUGCUUCAAAAGUGUUCAAAUUGUAGUUGUUUAUACCUAGUGAAUAAAAAACCUUAAUUUUGUCUU